UUGACUUUGACCAUUCACUCGCAGAUUCUUUUCCAUUCAUUCUUAACGGAAUGUACAAGUGUGACGUACAGUCUAAAUCGAUGAGACCCGGUUUAUUCUUUAACGUCUAUUUUAUUGUUUAUUACCGGUAAAAGAUUGCGUCAUUUGAUUCGAGAAUAUGGACUUAAAACAACCUCUUUUUGGAAUAUGGGAUUAUUUGGUUCUAGUUAUCGUUCUUUUAGUAUCUUCUUUAAUUGGUGUUUAUUACCGUUUUACUGGAGGAAAACAGAAAACAACCAAAGAAUAUUUGCUGGCCGAUAAGAAUAUGCCAUUUCUGCCAGUGGCAUUUUCUCUGAUGGCCUCUUUCAUGUCAGCCAUAACUCUACUGGGCGUCUCAAGUGAAAACUACACUUUCGGCAUACAAUUUGUCGUCAUCAAUUUUUCUUAUGGAAUCUUCACUUGGGUGGCCGCUUAUUACUAUCUGCCUGUUUUUUUUCAACUGCAAGCCACAAGUGCCUACGAGUAUUUGGAGAAAAGAUUCGGUAAAACCACCAGAACUAUAGCUUCGCUCUUGUAUACAUUCCAAAUGGUGCUUUAUAUGGGCAUAGUUCUAUAUGCCCCUGCCAUAGCUCUAGAAGCACUGACGGGUAUCAACAGGGUUUCUGCCAUUUUAUCUGUAGGAUUAGUUUGCAUAUUUUAUUCGACUAUUGGAGGAAUGAAGGCUGUUCUUAUGACUGAUGUUUUUCAAUCGCUACUUAUGUUUGCUGCUGUCAUAAGCGUUAUUGCAUGCGCAGUGAUCGACAAAGGCAGCUUCGCCGAAAUUUGGAGAAUCGCUGAAAAAGGUGGGAGAACGGAAAUAUUGAACUUUGACCCUGACCCAACCGUCAGGCACACUUGGUUCACCCUGAUCAUAGGUGGAGGAGUGACCUUCCUGUCUUUGUACGCUGUCAACCAAACUCAGGUUCAGAGGUAUCUUACAGUCAAGGACUUGAAGACGGCUCAGAAAGCUUUGUGGUGGAAUUGGCCUAUACUGACACUGCUCAGUUUGACCACAUCCUUCUCUGGGCUUGCCAUCUACUCAAAGUACCACUAUUGUGAUCCUGUAACCAUGAAAGUUAUCAAAAGUUCAGACCAGCUUAUGCCACUAUACGUGGUUGACUCUAUGGGCCAUAUACCUGGGUUGUCUGGUUUAUUUGUUGCCGGUAUUUUCAGCGCCUCUCUCUCCACAGUCUCAGCAGCUGUCAACAGCCUGGCGGCUGUAACUGUUGAAGACUACUACAAGCCACUAUAUAAACGUUACUAUGAAUACCCACUUUCAGAGCAGAGAGCACUUAUACAUUCGAAAUUGAUAGCUUUUUUGUAUGGGGGCGUUUGCUUGUUGGUUGCCUUCUUGGCCCAAGUUUUGGGUGGUGUUCUGCAAGCCUCCUUGACUAUUUUCGGAGCUAUUGGAGGUCCUCUCUUGGGUAUAUUCACGUUGGGAAUGUUCACCACUAGGGCGAAUCAAAAGGGAAUUCUUCUGGGUCUUUGCAGUGGCGUAGCUUUAUCGUUAUGGAUGGCCUUCGGUCAGCCUAAACCUCCACCACCGAAGCUACCAGUAUCGGUUGAAGGCUGUGAUAAAUUUUCCUUCUUGAAUGUUAGCACGUCGACAGUCACUUCUACCAAUCCUGAUGACAGUUCCUAUUUUUGGCUGUACAAGGUUUCGUACUUAUACCUCGGCGUUUUUGGACUGAUAUGUACCCUUUUGGUGGGUUACAUCAGCAGCAUGUGUUUCCAGAGGAGUGAUUCAGAGGAGAGGGCUAUUAACAAUCCAGACCUCUUCAUUCCACCUCUAUCCAAGAGGCUUGCGAAGAAGAGGAACAACAAUCUGACUAGAAUAUCUUCUGGUAUUGGCGAUGGUAGUUUCAGAGCCAGGCAUGAUACUCACGUACUUUGAGCACUUCAGAAUUUGGUGUAGUUGACGAUAACAUGGGUAGAUAGUAGGUAUUUGUAUAUACCUCAGCAUGUGUGUGGAUCUCGCAGAGUAUUUUUAUAUUAAUUUCGAUACUUAAAGCAGUCGCGCACUUAUUUUUAUAAAUAAAAAAAAUGUCUUCCAGAAUUGGACCACCUUUAAGUAUUAUCAAUAGAGGCUACAUAAUUUUUUAAUGUUGUUGAAUAUAUCUUGCCUUUUGUCGUUGUUAUAUCAGCGAGAAUGUAACCAAAAAUUUCUUUUAUACCAAAGGUACAUGGCCUUUUUUCAUUCCAAAAAUGAACUGGAAAUUCCUGAUUUGGUAUUGUACCUAUCAAUUUUUUGUUUGGCCAAAGAACUAAAAAGAAAGACUUUUCUAUUUUUCUCGAAUGAAAAUGUGAGAAUUGAAAGAAGGUAGAUCAAAGAUAUUUCAUCAGGUUGACUUACUAGAAGUGGUUUAACUUAGGUACGUAAAAAAAUUAUAAUAGUUAUGUACUUAGGGAACAUUAUAAUUCACUUCAGGUUUGUCGACUCACAAUUGUGAAAUAUCUUUUAUAAAAUGAUGGAGGUGAAUCUUUGAUUAAAAAGUAUCUAACUUAACAAAAAUGGAAUCAGUAUUUUUAUUAUUAUUAUGAAUAAUAUCGUCUUGUGAUCAUAGACAAUAAAUUGUUAUCUAAUCGAAAUUGUUGAUGUUAGAAUUUUUCUAUUUUUUGCUUGUUCUCCAGUUGUUAUCAUUCCAUAUUGACCAUUAUCAAUAUUGAAUUUUUAAUAUUCAAUUUAUGGUUGUUACAUGAUCUGUUUGCCAAAUUUGUGUGAAAAAUACAUAUGUAUGUUAAUAAAAGAAGAAAAGCCA